AGGUUUAUAGUCUGGGUCAAGGCCAAGAAUGCAACUCCAAGGAUACUUGCUUGGAAAUCCAGUUUCAGAUUCUUUUAUUGAUGUAAAUGAGAGAAUCCCAUAUGUUCACCGAGUGUCACUCAUUUCAGAUGAAAUCUAUGAGGCUGCUAAAACUAAUUGCAGUGGGGACUAUGUCAAUGUGGAACUUAACAAUACACUUUGUGUUACUGCUCUUCAAAAAAUUAAAGAUUGUCUUCUACAAAUAAAUCUUGCACAAAUUUUGGAACCCGAAUGUGCUUUUGCAUCUGGUAGAACAACUGAGUUGGAUGGGAUCUUAGAGCUCGAGAAGCAAGUACUAUGGAUUACCUCCUUUCAGAGUCUAAGCUACCUGAAUUGCAUUGCGGCGUAA